ACAAAAAAAAAGAAUAGAUGACACUUUUUGCAUCUUACAGAUGGUGAAAUUGAGGCUCAGAGGGGUUAACACCAUACUCAGUAACUCAUGUUGGGGUGGGGGGGCUUGGACCAGUUCCUGCCUUGGUGCCUUAUCCAGGAUUCUUUCUGCCACAUCCCAUUGGUUUCAUUGCUAUCCUGGUAGGGGUUCUCUCAUGAAAUGCCACUUUAAAGGUCACAUUAUAAAAUGUCGUAACAAAAAAGUCACCUGCCUGAUAGUAUAUAAUUGUCUCCUUUGUUCUUUUUGAUGCUGGUGUUCACCACAAGUUCUAGGACUUGGACCUCUUUUGGUAGAGGUUUAGCUCAUUUUUUGGUCUGUCGGGAGGGUAUUCCAAAAGCACCUACUUCAUAGGGUCACAGUGGGAACUAGCACGAUGGAAAACAUUUAGAAAAAUGCCUGGAAUGAACAGCCAGUUGAUGGAUGUGAGCUCUGAUGGUCGUUAGGUGUUAGCUUAGAGAAGUAGAACUUUCUGUGUAAGGGAUGCUAAAUGCAAGUGCCUGCCUGAUAUAGUGUUCAUGCCAGUGUUGACAUGGGCAGGAGUGGGUAGAGGAGGGGCAGGCAAGUUCAGGGGCAGGCAGGGGGACUUUUGACACUGAGCCUUAGCAAUAUUUGCAUCUGUUUUGAGAAGAAGAAACCUCUUUACCCUCAGGAGAUAACCUGUGUCCUCUACACUUGGGGGCAGCUAGAAGGGUAAACAUGAUGUAGGAGCUUCCAGAACCACCCAACAGGAAUAGACCCCGAAGUCUUGGGACCCAUCUAGUGCACAGGAGAGAUGAAUGGAGAUGACAUGAUUCCAGGAUCUCCAGUGACUGAUAAGAGAGCCAUCAUCUUGGCUAUCAUUUUAUUAUUUUUGUGCCUGGUGGCAGCAGUGAGCAAUGGCUUCAUCACUGCAGCUCUGGACGUGGAGUGGUUGCUACAGAGAACACUGUUCCCUUGUGAUAAAUUAUUAGUCAGCCUGGGGGCCUCUUGCCUCUGUCUGCUGGGUGUGAUGAGGAAGACCAUUUAUAUUUUCCUGUAUCCAGAGGCCUUCCCAUCCAACCUUGUACUGCAGUUCCUAGCCUUCUGGCAGGACUGGCCAUCUUAUGGUUCUCCACCUACCUAGCUCAGUGUCUUCCAUUGCAUGAAAAUUGCAACGUUCACCCUCCCCAUCUUCCUCUGGCUAAAAUAGAAGGUGUCGGGGUUGGUUGCAUGGACUGUAGGGCUCUCCAACUUGAGCACCAUCUUUUUCAUAGGCAACCAGAGCUUGUAACAGUACUUUGUAAGGAGAAGGUUGCAAUCUGGGAAUGCCAUUGAGAAUACCGUAAGACCAUAUGAGAAAUUCUACUUCUUCUGUUUAAAACUUGUUAGCUGGACAGUCGUUACCGUCGUCUUCCUUUUUGGCAGUUUGGUCAUGUCUCUGGAAAGACACACUAAGAAGGUCUGCCUGUAUUGUGGCUUUUGUGAGCCCAGUGCCCAGGCACACAACCAGGUUCUCCUGGCUCUCAUGUCCUUAUCCGUCCUCUCCACCUCCUGUUUUCUAUCACCGGUGCUCAAUGCUGCAGGUGUUUUUCCAUUUUGGGACCCUAGCUACUGGGUGUGGCAGGCAGUGAUUUAUCUGUGCUCAGCAGUCCCCAUCACUGCACUUGAGCAACCCCUGACCGAGAGGUGUGGUGGAGAGGGGCUGCUGUGCAGGGUGCUGGGCAUCGUGAGUUGAGAUUGAUGAAAAACCUCAGAGACACUAAGGCAGAGGGCAUGGUGCAAUGGGACAUGGCUUCUUUAAAUCCCUUUGCCACUUUUAUGUUCCUUUCCUCUCUGCUACGUUUAAUGAGGAGAAUGACUUCUAUGGAAUAGGAUUUCAAGGUGGGAUCGAAGGUCCUGAGAUAAUGGGGUAGCGUCACUGAUGUACAACCCAGCAAGUCUGUGGCCAAGGCAGCUGUGUUCCCUGUGGGGCUUGAUGUGGCUAGAGUCAGGAAACUUUUACUUUCCCUGUGAUCGGUCUCUUGGAGGGUAAAAUUAUCCUUCUGGAGACUGGAUGUGAGGAUCCUGACGCAUCAUUCAAUUUUUAUCUGUUGACUCAGACUGGAGAAGAUAUUUGGAACCUCAGUUUUCGUCUGGCUUCAUGCUGUAAACCACCUUUUCUUUUCUUUUCUUUCCUUGUCUUUUUUCUUUCCUUUUCUUCCUCCCUCCCUCUUUUUUUUCUUUUUUUUUCUUUUCUUUUCUUUUCUUUUCUUUUCUUUUCUUUUCUUUUCUUUUCUUUUCUUUUCUUUUCUUUUCUCUUUCCUUCCUUUUCCUUUUCCUUUUCCUUUUCCUUUUCCUUUUCCUUUUCCUUUCUUUCUUUUCUUUCAUCACUUAACUGUUUUCCAGCCAUCUACUGCAGUGAAGUCUUCCUCCUUCUGUGCAAGAGUUUCUCAUGUCUGAACUCUCUUCACAGAGCGUGGGUCUGGUUGUGCCUGUGUUUGGCAGUAUGUGUUAUCUAGGAUUUGUAUGUUUGCAGAUGACCUUUGGAGAUCCCUGUGAAAGUUAGGGGGUCAUGCUAUAUAUAUUGCUUAUGUUCUCCACAGUGGCCUAUUCUGUUAGUCUGUUUCAUAAAUGUUAAGGUCCACGAACCCACAUGUGACUUUUGUUUAUGCUGAUACUGGGACCUUCUGAAAUUUUUGACUUGGGAAAGUUCAUCUAUAGCUAUAUGACAAGAUUUAAGAAGAAAAGACUUGGGUUUGGUUUGGUGAAGAAUGCAGGCUGCUUUUCUGCCUUCCAUAGAUCUUUUUAAACCUUCCUUAAGCUCAGUUACCUCUUGAACCAUUCAAAGUAAGGUCCCUAGCCUUCCCUCUAUUGGCUUUAUUUGAUUUUUAAGGUUUAUUUAUUUUGAGAGAGAGAGAGAGAGAGAGAGAGAGAGAGAGAGAAUAUGAAUGAAUGAAUCCCAAAUAGGUUCCAAGCUCAGCGCAGAGCCUGACACAGGGCUUGAACUCAUGAACCAUGAGAUCAUGACAUGAGCUGAAAUUGGACCCUUAACCACCUGAUUGUACCAUGAACAUUUCAAACUUAGCAAGUCCACAGUGGAUGUCCUUUCUCUCCUCUUCUUCUUCCUCCCCCCCCCCCCCAGCCCCCUCUACUGCUCAGCUGGAUCUAUUUUUUCUAUUAUUUAUGUCCAGUAUACCAGGCUUACCACCUCUGAGAUAAUUUUCACUCCCCAUCUCUGCUGAGCCCUUGAGUCUAAUCAGCAACUUAUCUUCAGUUGCUACUUCUGCAAAGUCUCUAUUAUCUGUCCCUUCCUUCCCAUUCCCAUGGAUUUUAUUAUUGAUUAGACUGUCCUCCUCUCUCACCUGCGCUGCUAAAAUUUCCUCUUCACCUCUUGGUCCAUUACACUCUCCCUUCCCCCCAUCCCAGUCAAGACUACCAUUACCAGAUUCAUCUCUUGAAGGCAUAAUUAACCAUUUCCACCCACACUCACCGCCUCUCAGUGCCUAGACAUGAAGCAAGGGUCCCCAAACCUGGCAUUCACGGACCUCCACAAUAUGGCAAUAAUUUUGUCUUCCUUUGUGUCGAUUCUAUGAGAAUUCUGUUUUGUAGCAAAAUCUGGAUUUUCAUUGUUUCCAACAUACCUGGAGUUCCCUCCCUGAUGUACUGAAAGGUGAUCUCUUAUCCCCACAUCUACCUGUGAAAAUCCUAUUUAAUUUUUUCCCCCUAUUUAACCUUUAAAGGUUAAUUCCAAUGACUUCUCUUCUGGGAAGCUUUUCUGGUUUACUACCUCCCAGGUUUUGAUCUCUCUGACCUUUGAGGACAUAUUACUCAGUUGUGACAUGAAUUCUAUUCUGUGGUGGUAUGAUCUACAUUCAUAUUUUAUACUCCCUAGUAUAUAAAAAAUUACUUUUUAAUGUUUAUUUUGUUUUGAGAGAGAAAGUGAGCGAGCCGGGGAGGGGCAGAGAGAGAGAGGGAGACACAGAAUCUGAAGCAGGCUUCAGGCUCUGAGC